AAAUCGUUAUUGUUCUAUUCAUAAUCAGCAUCACUUGUACAGAAGACAACAAUCUUCGUUGUUUGUUCGACAUCGUUAGGAAGGUCUCUUCGUGUGCAGUUCAGUGGCUUGCAAGUGCUGUUUUUUGUUUCUUUUUUCUUGUUGGAGAGUUGCUGAGGAAUUUGAGAGCGAGUCAUUAUGGACGAAUCAGCGAUGUACAUCACCAGCAGAGCGUUCAAGAACGGCGAACGCAUUCCGCCGCAGUACACACAAGAUGGGCAGGGAGCCAGGAGCAACAUUUCUCCGCCGCUGGAGUGGUACAAUAUUCCGGACGAGACGGUGUGCUUGGUGCUCAUCGUGGAGGACCCUGCACCGCAGAUGGAGAGGAGUCCCCGCAGCUUUUGCCACUGGGUAGUGCUCAACAUUCCGCCCACUCUUAAAGGGUUACCAGAACAUUUCACCACCAAAGAGCAUGACGAUGACAGGGAUGAGCUGACUCAGAUCCGGGAAGGCAUCAACGAUUUCAAAGUUCCUAGUUACUUCGGUCCCAAGCCACCUGUGGGAGAGCACAACUACGAGUUCCGGCUCUAUGCUCUUGAUGCGUAUCCUAAGGUCCCUAAGAAGCCGAAUGUAGACAGGCUCAAGGAGGCUAUGGAGGGCCACAUUCUAAAGGAAGCUGUGUUAACGGGUCAUUACAGCAAGGAUCAGUAUGGCACCGGAAACGAAAAGGGAUAUUAUCCCAGUGGAGUGCCGCAGUUGUCUGGACCGGGGCGUGCUCAGCUGAAGUCCCAGCACAAUAACACUAGAGUCGCAACAGUUGCACACCAGUAAUCUGGUUUCAAUGCUGUGUGAUUCGAAGCAGCACGCCAUAAUCUUCGAUGCCCUCAGCAUGAAAUCAAUGGAUUGUUUCUCGAAGUAUUGAAUCUGAGCGUGGGAUAUCGAACAUCUCUGAGGAUUAGUGUCUGCUGCAUGACAUCUCUUGUUUAUAAAACUGUACAGGGAGACUAGAAAGGAUUAUGUAACAACUCUGAUGAGGAAUUCCACUGUGAUUUCUUCAAUCUGGCCAUCUUCACGAAAGUUUUGUUUUGUGCGGCCUCAGUUCCAAGGUGCCCCAUUUCGUGAAUUGUUCACUGAUCUCUGGUGGUUUUGGGACUUAAAAGACAAAAUCUCCAGUUAACAGAAUAGCUUUCUCUUUAAUGACAUUUCGGUAA